AUGGAUCCCGUUGGUCAGCAACAACAGGCUCAGGGUGAGCAGGUUGAACUCAAUGGCUUUGGCAAAUUUACGGCCCAAUUCCUCCAGUACGGAGCCAAUGCCUCCAACAACAUUUCAACUGCCUUCGACAGUAUGGACACAAAAGCAUGGAUUCGUCUCACCGUCAUUGUUGGUGGUUACAUGCUCCUUCGCCCCCUUGCUCUAAAGUUCAUCACCAAGGGAGCUGUCCAAAAGAUGGAGGAUGCGGAUGAGCAAGAAAAGCGCAAGGCGCAGAUUUCUCCCAACGAGCUUCGUGGAUUGGCUGAGGAGGAGCCCGAUAUUGAUGCGGCGGGCGACGGUACUGGUGCUGAUUGGGGUCAGAAAGCCAGAGUGAGGCAGAGGACCAUGUUGAAGGACAUGCUUGAGGCUGAGGAGCGACGGAGAGAAGAGGAGGAGGAUGACAAGGACAUUGCAGACCUCCUCGAGGACUAA